AUGGGUAAAAUCAAAAAACGUUGUGUAUUAGAACAAUUUUAUAUGAUGACUGUUGCUAUGUAUUUAUAUGAUUUUGAUUCAUUAAAGUUAUUCUGUUGUGUUAAUAAAAAAUGUGAAGGAGCUACAAGUAAUUUAAAAAUUAAUCCUAAUUUUCAAGACUCAUUAUACUAUAGAAGCAAAUGUACUUUAAAACAAAGAACUAAAUUAUUUGAAAAAGAGCUUAAAUUCUUUGACCAUAUUGAUACAUUAAGAGGAUCAUUUAGUAUGAUUUCAUCAUUUCCAUUAGAAAAAAUUAAAAAUUAUCCAUUAUUUGAUAUAUUUCAUGAAGGUUGUGGUAGUAAUGAUUUAUUUAAAGAAAUACAACCUAAAAUUACUUCAUUAGAAUUUAUUUUCAAUGGAAGGUUUGAAGGUACUGCUUAUAUGCCUUUAUUAAAAAAAUUAAAAGUUAUGUUUUUAAAUGAUACUAAUUCUUUAACUUCUUUACAUUUUCAUGUAAAUUCACUUACUUCUCUUCUUUCACAAAAAACCAUUGGUUCUCUUAACCAUUUUAUUAUUAUUUGUUUUAUGUUAGAUGAUUGUUUUCUUCCUUUGUUACAAACUGUUCAAUCUGUACAUCAAUCUUGUCAAAUAGCAAUUUGUGUUAAAGGAUCAGUUUCUAUCUCAGUAGCAAAAAAAUUCACUCCUUUUGCUACAAUUAUUCAAACUUCAAAAGAAGCUAUGUUUUAUGGAGAAUUAGAUAAAGAAUUACGUGUUGUUGCUCUUCAAGAAAUUCAUUAA